UUCUCGUUUCCAUUGUUUCAUCUCGACAAAUACGAAAGGUAUCGGUCUCUGGCUUUCACCUGAAAGUGGGAAGAAGUGAAUUUGCACCGCUGGGGAUGACUAGAUGCGAGAGUGAGUAGUCGCAGUUGUGCCAACAAAGAAGGGGGUGUAAUAAAUAAUGGUAAAGUCGUGACAGCUAUCCUCGCUUUCAUCUGCCUGGUCAAGUGUAAUGACACGGCGUGAAGAAAAAUAAAUAAACCCCCCCUCCAACUCCAUUAGCUGGUGUUUUCUUAGCUUUGUUCAGCUUCAGAAGUUCCACAAUUUUAGCGACGGGCUUGUAUUUGGAAAACAACACCUGACGAGGAGGUUUCUCACGGGAUCAGCUUUCUGAGGUGCAGGGGAGAAAAAAAGUUGUAUCAUUUUGAUCAAAAGGCCUCUCAGUCGACCUGUUGAGAGUGCUUGAUCCGUGUCAGAGCCCAGCGAUGUGGAUCUGCAUGGUUUACAAUGAGACGGACACCAGCGUGGACUUCCGGCUCUGCCGGGACUUUGGCCUCAUCCUGUCAAUCCUCUCCCUCAUCUACCUCCUGGUGUGUUUCCCACUGGGCCUGUGCUACAAUAUGCUGCUGGUCGUGGUCAACCUCUCAAACAAGGUGUCCAUGACCAUGCCUGAUGUCUAUUUUGUCAACAUGGCCAUUGCGGGUCUCGUGCUCAACCUGGUGGCGCCCGUGGAGCUGCUGAGCUCCACCUUCACCCGCUGGCAUGUGUGGGAGUAUAACAAUGAGGUUUACAUCACCCUACUCAUCCUCUUCAACAUCUCAUCUCUGGUUAUCAUGUAUUCCACCACGCUGCUCAGUCUGGACUACUACAUAGAGCGCGCGCUGCCUCGCACGUACAUGUCGAGUGUGUAUAACACCAAACACGUGUGCGGGUUUAUCUGGGGCGGCGCAGUGCUCACGAGCUUCUCCUCGCUGCUCUUCUAUGUGUGCAACCACAUCUCCACCAAGAUGGUCGAAUGCUCCAAAAUGCAGAACAAGGAGGCAGCGGACUCGAUCAUGAUGUUCAUCGGCUACGUGGUGCCCGCCCUGGCUGUGCUUUAUGCUUUUGUGCUCAUUCUGCGCAUCAGGAAGGAAUCUACACCAUUGGAUCAGGACUCUGCUCGCUUGGACCCUUCCAUACACAGGUUGCUGCUAGCUUCAGUCUGUGUGCAGUUCGUACUGUGGACUCCGUACUACAUGACUCUUUUAGUACAUACUGUAGUUGUUGCACCAGGAUACAUUAGCAGUGCACGUUACUUACCUAUCUAUUAUUUCUUGAGAUGCGUAUCUAAACUGUUGGCGUUCUCCAGCAGCUUUGCAAUGCCUCUUAUGUACAGGCAGAUGAACAAAAACUUCUCCAACAAGCUCCAGCGGCUGCUCAGGAGGCUGCAUUGCAGAGACCAGUCCUGCCCUCGUGAACGCUCAACAGUGCAGCAAGUGGUGACGUGAGAUCCCCCGCCCCCCUUGCUUGCAUUUUCCACUUCUCGGCCUAGCCAGCACUUAUCUCCCCUCUAUAGCGCCAGUAUCUGACGGGGAUCUCUCACAACCCCGGACUGUUUUGAGAGCGACGUAGCUAACUCUGGAAUUUCCUGUCACCUUCCCGGAUUUUAAUCUGUUCUAUCUAGGUCUGCAAUGAGGGGACAAUGCAAACAAAAACCACUAAGUGCUGGGUUUUUUUUGUUUGUUUGUUUAUUUUUAAUACAUUUCUCCACCAAGAAACUCAGGCUUCUAGUUUAAGGGUAGUAAAUUGGGAACAAUCAUCCAAUAACUACCGAGGACAGAGUUUCACAACAAAAAAAUCCCGUUUUUCCGCGUCCUCCUUUGGGAGUGGGUGUGGUUUUUGUGCCUACAUUUCACCUCUAACACACAAGCAGAUCCAAUAAGCUAUAAAAGUUUAAUUAUCAAAUGCAGCCAAGUUACUUAGUUUUUUAACAGAACCCUCUCCACCCCUGCAAUGAUGGUGGCUGGUAUACCCAUAAGCAACCACCACUAAUGAACGGUGUGCGUGCCAGUGGAAAUCACUGUUUACCGCCCUCAAACUAUAAGCCUCGGCCACUUCUUUUUUUUUAAUUUGAACUCAGUUUUCCUUCUGCUUUAAUUUGUUUUGAUUAUCAGAUUAAAUAAUCUUCACAUGUUGAAGCUGGAGUACAAUAUUAAGUUUGUCUUGGACACCAAUACUACCCUGUGGCUAGAACUAAGUACUGAUAUUAAGAUAUGUUCCCAUUUUAAUUUCAAAGAUUGUAUUCUGAAGUUUUGAUCCACUCAAACAUACAAAGAGAUUAUUUUUACGUCUGUCAAGCUCCACUAUAUAUAUAUACAGACACACACACACAUCUACACCACUUUGAAAUCACACAGAACUAAAUGGAACACUCACGUAAAGCUUGUAUUCAGGGUUCAGACAUAACCAGUAUACCUCGUGUGAUCUCUGCUGAUUAUAACCUUACCUGAUAACCACAAACAGUUUGAAAUCCCCUCAUUAAGCUGAGCUGACAGCCAGUGUUCUGUUAACUUUUGAUCUAUUUCUGCAGGAAUUAUCCACCCAGUGGAUCAGUGAACCCCCACACAGGGUCACAGAGAGAGCCCUGAGGGGUUGUCAUGCACAGGCCACAAGACUCAUGACUGGCUGUGAAGUUUUUGCACACUAACAGUAUCAAAAACCUUCUUAAACAUAUGAAAAGCCCACUUGAUAAGCACCUAGAAGCAGUGUGUACAAUACAGAAGAGUUUGAACUUUAAUGCUGCUCACAUGCACAUUAUUAUCAAAGCUGCUUUGCUUCCUUGCCUGCCAUGGUAAACAGUGAACAUAACAAUCUGAUGGCGACGAAUCCCAGCUAUCAGAACUAAAAACACGUUCUAGCAUUCGGUCUGCUGCUUCACUGCAUUAGUUUGCAUAUUGAAUUAAAAGGCCAGUUUGUUAAUCAGCCUGUGAAAUGAUACACCAGCAAGGUGGGGCGUCCACUCGAAGUUAAAUGGAGACGGGCGCGCUCUGAUAUGAAUCGUAUGUUUGUAUUCAGUUUUAAUUUACACCUUCAAGCACACAUUAACUCUGUUAAUGACCCAAAGCUGAGCUGAAAUGUUUGAAGUAUUUGGGCGAGUGCUCUUUUGCUGUAAAAUGUGAAGGAAUGCCAGAUGUACUAACAGGUUUGACCCUUUUUUUCUGGGAAAUAGUAUUCACCUAAAAUGCAUCAUGUGCUGCCCCACAAAAUCCUUGAAUGGAUGGUUUUUGGCACAGUUAAUCAUUAUUUGCUCUCAGUUCAGUGUCCUAAUGUGAACUGAGCAUUUAGGAAUGAAGAGCAAACACUGGACUGAAUUUCUAAAAGUCCUUUUAUUUUGUUAAAUGUAGCAUAGAAAUUGCUACGUUUUGUAAUUAUAAGUUCAUUCCUCCAAAAAACGUACUUAAAUUGAUUUUAUGCAGUUCAUGUGAUACACUACCAACUGCAUGUAAGUGUUAUGAAAAGAUAUCCAAACAGAGGGUGCUCAUAAUUAAUCUUUUUUAGCAUAAGUCCUGAAGCUGCACCAAACGACACUAAGAGAGUGACAAUCAUGUAGAGAUUCCAGUAGCUAAAUAACUGCACUGUUUUGCUUCAAAAUACCAUCGAGUUUUUCUGAAUUGCUUGAAGAUGAUGUGUGCAUGUGCUGCCUAACUUUGCCUGAUCAGUUUUCUUUAACCACUGCUGCAAUUUCAUCCAUUAGUCUGUUUUU